AUGCAAGCUAGGGCGGCCGGCCAGGCCUUACGACACCUGCCCUUCCAGCUGCUCGGCAUUCAAUACUGUGUCCAAAACAACAGGCUUCGCCGCUUCCGCCCUACGUCGCCAACACACGUCGUUCGCACGACUGUCGUUGAUCAAAUAACAACAGCCAACACCUGUGAAACCCAGCCGGCGCUGAGAGUGAGCAACCAUGGUGUGUUCGGACUCCCCAACCCCGUCGAGGCCAGAGAUACCCUGCUGACAGCAGCCGCGUCGCCCUCGCAGUCCGCCCUCUUCAACUUCCAGUCCCUCCUCCUCGUCAUCCUCCUCCUGAUCUGCACAUGCGCCUACGUGCACGACAUGUUCCCCAGCGUCCUGGACAGGAAAAAGGAUGGUCCCAUGGGUGUCUUCUGGAAAUGCGCCCGCGUAGGCGAGCGCCUUAGCCCCUAUAUAAGUAUAUGCUGCGUCGGCAUGGCUCUGUCUUUCAUGAUAUAA